CAAAAACGACCCGUAUUCGUCUUCCUCUUUGCAACGACGCCCAAACCCAGCAGCUCUUCGUUGUACCAAGAACCUUGUCGAAUCAGUACAGGUUGUUGCUUCUGUCUUUUGCUUUGAAAUCAAACGGCUCUCAUUAGAAAUCUGUUGCAUUUUGUACCAAUUUCUUGCUGGCCAACCAAGGAAUUUGAAUUCGAAUACAAAUCUCCUAAAUUGGAGAGGCGGCUGGUGGGAUACGAAAAUAGGUGAAGCUGGAAAUUUAAUCUAAAUAUAGUAUUGUGGCCACGAAGGUUCGGGAGGAGAAUUCCCUUAGGCUUUGCGUUCAUUUCAAAAAGUUGCAGACAAAAAACUUCUUGUUGAACAAAGAAUUAGGUUUAUCUAUUCGGUAAACUGAACAAGAUCAGUCCAAGCCAGUUACCAAAUGACUGUCCAUCCUUUCCACUCCUAGGUGACCUGACUCCAUGAUAACUACCCAGACUACAAUGAGUCAGCCUAAUAAAGCUAAUGAACGAGCAGCCUCCUCUACUGCCAGCGUUCAAAACCCAGCUUCCUCAUUCAAAAGAUUGGGCAGGAAAUCACCAUUUAUGAGAUAUGGACUUCCUAUGAUCUCACUAACAGUGCUUGGAUCUAUUGGUCUUAGCCAACUUCUGCAAGGCAGCAAGGAUAUAGCUAAAGUAAAGGAUGAUCAAGAGUGGGAAAUCAUCGAAACAAGAAAAGCUCUUUCCCGGUUUGGACCUGUCAAUGCAUAUAACCCCAAAAAAAUGAACUUGGAGGAAGAACUAAAGGCUUUGCAAGAGAAGGUUGAUAUUAAUGAUUAUGAAUAUAAGAAAAUCCCUAAGCCCAAGGAAAGCGAAUAAAAUAAUGUUAGUGGGACUCUCUUGUGCAAUAAUUUUGCAGCUCGUUGGCUUCUCUUUUGGACUGUCAUUUCACUGAUUUCUCUGCCAGGCAGCUCUUCCAUCCACGAGUUACGUGCUACCGUUGGAAGUAGUUUUUACAGAGUUUGUGAAUGCUUUUAGCUGUGUAUGCAGGCUGAGUAUGUAACUCUUAGUCAAGUUUUAAGUUUCUGCAUUCCAUGUUUGAAAUAAUGUGGGCUAUUCUUCCUUAGAUCUUAUUAAUUAACUUCUAUAUAAGAAACUGCUACCAGUUCCUUCUGGCUUGCUCGCGUGACUUGUUUCUCUUGAA